AUGUUUAAAAAAGCCAAGCGAGGAGAUUUCAAAUGUGUUGAUAAGAAUUUUGAGAACUUUCUUCUCGUUGGCCAAAUUGUUUUGGAUGUUCUGCCAGGCUUCCUCAUUAUGAAAUUCACGCAGAAAUUAGAGCACCGCACUUUUCUGAACGUUAAAAAGGUAUGCAGUGUUGUCGGGAGAGCAGAACUCUUGUCAUGUUUCUCCGUUCUUGCGGCCCUCACAUACCUUCACAGCAACAGUAACCCAGGAAACAAUAACAGCAACACUGACAACAACAACACUGACAACAACACUGACAAUAACAACUACAACAUCAUCGACAACAACAACAACAUCAACAACAUCAUCAACAACAACAGUUUUGUCGCCCUCAGCACAAGCACAGCAUCUAGCACGCAAAACAACAUUUACAACCAGCCAAAUGUUAUGCGGAAUAUUAGCAGUCAAAACGCCAUCUUCAAUACUACUAACACUACUCUCGCUCGCUUCAUUCGUGCUGCUACUGCUGCCACAACCACUACUACCACUCCAAUUACUUACAAUGAUGAUGAAGAAGCCACAAAAAACAAGACAGCAACGACUAACGCUGCUGACAAUUUUGCUGACGCUACUACAACUACUACAAUCUCCACUAUUGGAAGCGACAAAUUAUUCAGGAGAACAUUUUCAAAUUUGGGAAAAUUUAUGUUGCUAUCUCUGUCGGCUUGCCUCUUCAAAGAAACUGGCUUCUCCGCGCUGUUGGUGGCGCUGCUACAACUGCUGCACUGCGGCUUCCAUUCCAUCAUCAUCAUCUCCGGGUUCCUCACUCACCUCUUCGCUUCUUGCAUAUCUUUGUGGCUGUUAGUUGAGCCACUUAAUCUCUCGUAUGAUUGGUCAGCUGAUGCAGUUCCGCUCGUGACGUCAUCGGAUGACGUCAGAAAUAUUUGUUCAGCUUUUGUAGUGUUUGGGGCGGUGACGCUGUUUUGCUUGACAUUUAAAAAUUCUUCCGCUUCUUCAUUUUUUUUAUCCUACGCACUGUUCUUCUGUCCGUUUUUAUUGACAACGAAUCUGUUCUACACGGUGGGCUACGUAGUGGCAGAACGAGCCAUGUACCUGCCCAGCACCGGUUUCAUCUUAUUGGCUGUCCAACUUAUUCAAAAAUUCUCUGAUUCAAAAUCGAUGAAAGGGAGAUUGACAUGCUACGGACCAAUUGCGUCGAUAAUUUUGGCAGGGUAUCUCUGUUACUUGGCCAAUGUAACCAGGACACGUUGUGAAGUUUGGAUGGACAGAUCCUCCUUAUAUAGAUCAGCAGUGUUGUCAUCGAGAAGACCUGCGAACGCCAAACAACUCUACAACCUGGCCAACCUGCUUCGAGAUGAAGGUCACUUUGGUCAAGCUGUCCAGUACUACAAGCAGGCUGUCCGACAGUGGCCUACUUUUGCAAGUGCUAAAAAUAAUUUAGCACUCCUAUUGGACGAUGUCGACCAAUCAGAGUUUCUGUACCGUGACGUCAUGAGGUCGACCGUUUGCCACACGUCUGCCAUGAUCAAUUUAGCUAAUUUACUCAAUCAGAAGAACCAAUUGGAUGAAUCCGUCAUAAUCCUCUGGAAAAUAAUUCAGUGUCGACCAGAUCUGAAAGUACCUUACAUCGUCCUCUCGUCAAUCGCAAGCAAUCUCAACCAACACAGCCUUGUUAAGCACUACACACGAGCCAUCAACGACAUCAGUUCCACAGACCAUCAGAAGCUGAAUGAAUCUCUCUUGCUGGAAACUGUGGUGCACCUUUGCAACAUUCAUGGGGCCAAUGCGGAGCAUGGAAGGGCCCUCAAGAUGUUAAGAAAUGUUUGGAGGGCGGGUCUGAUCAGUGAGAAAAAAGUUUUGUCCCAUCUCUACUGGAGUUUGGGUCUUCAUCUGCAAGAUUGUGGGAUGGUCGAGAAAGCGAUGAAGGGUAAUCUCGUUGAUUCGGACCGCUACUACAAGUUGGCUCUGAGGCAACGCCCUACCAACAAACUCCUCUUAUCGAACCACAAUAAAUUAAAAUUAGCCGUCUCAAAGAUGAAUAAUGGCAAGAUGGGUGCUGGUGAUAAAGUGACUGAUGAUGCUGAUGUUGUUGCUGCCGGUGGUGGUGGAGGUUUUGGAUGGGUUAAUGGCGGUGAUGAUGAUUAUGAUGAUAGUUGUGGCGAUGAUGAUAGUGGUCGUGAUAUCAUCUAUCAUGAUAAUGAUGAAGAUAGUGGUCGGGAUAUCAACUAUCAUGACAAUGAUGAAGAUAGUAGUCGGGAUAACGUUAAUGAUGAUACUGAUAUCAUUGAAGGUGAUGAUGAUGAUGGAUACGAUAAGGAUACAAACAUUGAUGUUAACAAAAGCUACAAUGAUGCCUCUUUAACGUUCCUGUAUGUUCCUAGCUUCGAGUUGGCUUACAACGUAUCUCUCACGACAAACAACAACACACAAUUAACCAAGCACCGAAAUAAUAACAUCAACAUCGAAGUUAGUAGUGUCCAUAACAAUUCUAUUAAUCGUCUUGAUUCCAGCAACAACAACAACAAUGACAUCAACAACAACAACAACAAUGACAUCAACAACAAUGACAUCAACAACAACAACAACAACGAUUUCAGCAACAUGAGCUGCAUUAAGAACAUUCUUUCACUUGUUUCAUGGUUGCUCCUCCAAUAG